AAUGAUGAUAUUUUCAUAAAUUCUUUUUGCAUUUCCUUUUGUUUGAAAAUUCUAAACUGGGAUGCUAGUAUAGAUGCCAUUAUUUUUUAAACACUAUAUUUUGCACAACCUUUCACUUCUCAGUAAUUUAUUAUAAUAUUUUAAUGAGUGAUUGGCAUCAUCUGCCAUCCUUUGCAGGUAUAAUAAAAUAUUUCUUCCACCUGAUUCCUUAAUUUCCCAAUCCAAAACUAAAUCCUUGUUAGUCCCACUCUGAGUAACAUAAUAUUGUUCUCAUUGCUUCCUAUAAUCUCCAGCAAUAACUUGAAGAUAUUAUUUCCACUUUUUUCCAAACAAGCUUGAGCAUUAAGUUCAAGUAUUUAUUAAAAGAGCAACAACAACAAAACCCCUCCACCCAUUUCAGUAUUUGGACCUUGAAUCAUAGCUUUCUAAUAGCUACAUUUUUGUCUUUUUCUUUUCUUUUAUUUCAUUUUUGGUUUCAUUUUUUCCUAUUAUCUCUGACUGCUUGCCACACAUUUAUUAUAUACUAGCAGUUUGUAUCCUUGUUGUCUGGAACAUAGAAAAGAAAGAAAAUAAAUUUUUUAAUCUUGAGCUAGUUUCUUCAUUCCCCGACAUCUAGUAUGUUCCUAAACACUUUCCUCUGCUGUUCAUGUGAUGUAUGCUUAAGGAAUAUCAACUAGUUUUUACAUUUGAUACUUGGAUUUUUUUUCAUUCUUAAAUUUGAUACUAAAUAUCUAGGAAGGUACAAAUUACUAAAUAAAUUUGGUAUAGUCCAAAACUAAACAUGAAUUACUUGUAGAUUAUCACUUGUUUUAUCCCAUCCAUGGUCUUUUCCCUUCAUAAAAAUAGAUAAUUGAGAAUUUAAUAUGACUGCACUUUGAAAAUGUAUUCAUACGCAUGGAUGAUUCUCCUCUUAAUUGCUCUCUGUAAUUUCAAACAACUCAGCAUAACCAAAAUUCUAAGGCAUAUUUUAUUUAUUAAUAUUUCUCAGUAAAUUAAGUUUCAAACCAGUAUUGUGAAUGCCCCUUUCUAGGUAGAUAUUAAUGCAAUUGUGGAAUUUAGACAUUACCAGAAAUUACCAGCUAUUCUCCUAAUCUUCAAGAUUGCCCUUAAUUAUAAACCAGUUAAUUACUAACAAAUUAGAUGAUCAUACUGAGGAAUUUUUAACCACUUGGGUGUUUUGGAAGUUUUUUGUUUGUGUUAAGCAGACUCCUCUUUACCUUUUUUCCUCCCCACACACAUAUAGAAUUUUUGGUUUUGUGUAGUAGAACAAUGUUUAGUCAAAAGUGUAUUCAUUUUUUGAAAAAUAUGUUUGUAAUUUUAAGUUGCCCUGUAUUUUAUGCUAGUUACUUCAAAGGAGCCUCUUCUACUGCCACACAAUCUCUGUUCCCUCUGUAUGCUCAAACAAAACAGUGGAGGAGACUGUUGGGCCAGUAGGUUUGCAGCUGCAGAGGUACUUUCCUUAUAACAAUGCUUUAUGAGGUUGCUGCUCCCAUCACUCUGCUCAGUAAAAUUAGCUCAUCUUGUAAUGGAGGGGAAAAUUCGAGUCGCAGCGCAGAGAAGCGAUCAGCUGAAGAAGAAGCCGAAGACUUCUCAUCCAAGCCUGUGCCUGCAAAGAUAGCCAAGUUUGGGUUUGCCAUAGGCAGUCAGACGGCAAAGAAAGCACCAGUCAUAUCCAUCAAACUUGGAGCAAGUAAGCCUAAAGAAACUGUUCCAACUCUUGCCCCUAAAACCCUUUCAGUAGCAGCAGUUUUCAAUGAAGAUGAUGAUAGUGAACCAGAGGAAAUGCCUCCAGAAGCAAAGAUGCGGAUGAAGAAUAUUGGAAGGGAUACACCAACAUCAGCUGGACCAAACUCCUUCAAUAAAGGAAAACAUGGAUUUUCUGAUAACCAGAAGCUGUGGGAACGAAAUAUAAAAUCUCACCUUGGAAAUGUCCAUGACCAAGAUGAUGACUAAAUGAUGUGUUUCAAGAUUGGGGUAUGGGGUGGGUGUGAUGUUAAAAGGAACAGUUUCCUUUUUUUUUUUUUUUUUUAAAGGAAAAAAGAAUGAUAUAAGACUAUCUUUGGAGCCACUUUAAAACAAAAAUUGAGUGGUGUACUAAUAAAUGAAAGUUUGAAAUUAGAGGUAAUUUAUGUUUUAUACACAGAUUUCAAGACAUUUGCUAAUUUUGUAGUUCAUGUGAUUAGUUUCAAAAGGUUACAGAUAAUAAAGAAGUCAGAAAUGGUACCUUUUUAAGAAUUGCUUAUUUUUUUAGUCACAACUAUUAGCACAUUAAGGAGGAAGCAAAAGUUUACUGUCUCUUUGACUGUUCAAAUUGAAAACAACUACUAAACUCUAUCUUUACCUAAACUAUCUGGCUCCCAAGAACAGCCUUAUAGAGAAGGAGUGUUGUACUGGGAGGGAAGUGUUACUGGAACGUUGAUUUGAAAAUAAUAAUUUAGACAAAAUAGAAAUAUGACAGCUUUUUUUUCGAUGGACAUUUUUUUUAGUCAUGAACUAGGCAUUGCUAACAGCAGCUACAGAAGCUAUAACAAGAAAAACCAUAAUUACUCUUUUGAAAUUUUAUGUAAAGUAUUUAAUAUAUGAUGUGGCCUGAUUCAGCUUAAUAGGGCUUGUUCUAACUUCAUUGGUUUUCAAAGGACAAGCAUUUACUGUGCAAGUAAAUCAGUAUUUUAAAUGUGUUUCUUUGAGUUAUUGGUAUUAACAAGCUCCUGUAAGCAUGUCCACCAGAACUUGAGAUAAAUAUAAGGAAGCUGUUUCUUUUAAAAAGUAAACCACCACCAAAAAUGUGAUUAAAAUAUGUACAUUGCUUAAAUGCAUUUGGCUUUUUUAAUUUUAAAAGAAAUGACACACCAAAAAUUCAUUAACAUUGUAUAAAGAUGGUGAAGGUGCACUUUCUGUAUUGUCAGAGCAUUUAAAUUACCAAUUUAGUGAAAACUAAUUUGAAUAUAAGCAACGUUAAUUUUCUCAUUACUAGGCUGGUAUAUAAUAUGCUCAUUUAUAAGCCUAUUUCUUUAUAGACCACUGGCCCAUUUCAGGUACUGAAAAUACAAGAGAGUGCAUCUUUAAAAUUAUUUUAUGAAAGAUUUGACCACUUAUACUUUGAGUCUGUAAGUUCUGAGAGGUUUCUUUUGUAUUUUUGUAUCGUAUAUGUAAUCUUAAAUUUCUUUGAAAUAUAAUGCUGUUGGAACACCUGUUUUAGUAUCUUUAAAAGCUUUGUCAUAAAAAAUGUAUAAUGUUUUCUUGAAAAUUCCUUCAAUGUUGAAUUUGAAGGCAGCUUUAGACUAUUCUAUUGGUGGUAACUGCCAGUUAAACUCUUAGAAUAGGUAAUCGUUCCAGAGGAGCUGCCUUGUAUUGUAUAUUCCUAAUAUUUUUGUCCAGUUGCAUUUAUAUUUAGACUAUGUCCCACAUAAAACAAUGAAAAUGUACAUAGAACUAUUAGUUCUUCCUUAUUUGACUUAACCAUAUCAAAAUUCAUAAAUUUAUCUUUAGACACUCUAAUGUAGGCAAACUUUCCAUUUUUGUCCUUUUUAUUGUUAUGUUUAAAGUAAGGAUUCUUCCUCUUCUGAAUGUUUUCUUGACCCAAAUGAAAUGAUAGCCUAAGGUCAAGACAGGAGAGAGUGAUGACUGAGAUGAAUGUCUUUACUAAAAUACCAAUAAAUUUGUGAAACUCAGUAAUACAGUAUGUUCUAUUCUCCUUAACUGUUGCUAUCUUCCAUAAAGAACAAAAUAAACUAAAAUUACUGAUUCCCACUCACGAUGGGCAAAGUAUAAAAGAACAGGAGAGAUUUUUAAAUCACUCAGCUACUACAAUUAGAUAUUAAUCAUUCAUCAUGUAAUAUGUUCACUACAAAUUGUAUUACAUAGUUGUUAACCUGUUUCCCUGUCAGAAUGUUAGGUCUUUGAAGGAAGCAACUGUUUUUUCCUUUCUUUGUGUCUCUAGUGUUUAGCACAGCAUGUGGCUGGCACAGCAUUUAAUACUUUUUGACUGAGUGACUGUUGCACUUGAUAUGAGUAAAGUCAAAUUAGCCUAAAAUGUAAAUGAUCAAACUAAAACUUAAUCUCAGAUGGGUUAUGGAAAGUGCUUUAUAAACCUUAAAAGCACAAUAUAAAUGUCAGUUGCUAUUAUUACUUGGAAGGAACUCAAUACUUAAUAUUAUUACUAUUAGGUGCUAGGGAAGCAAAGAAAUAUUUGAUACAAACCACUUUCAAGGACUUUAAAAUAGGAAAAUUUUAUACACACACACAAAAAAAACCACAUAAAUUCCAAAAAAAUUUAAAAGUAGAAGGUCCAGCCAGGUAAAGUAGUUUGAAACUUUUUAGGAAGAAAAAAAAAUCACUUUCCCUUGAGGGAAAAGGGCAAGGCAAACAAAAAGCAAAAUGGAAGAGGUAACCCUGGAGUUGAGUCUUUGCAAGAAGAGCUGGGAAGGGAUUUUGGAACUGAUAUAUUUUACAUAGCAUUGUUUCUCUUGAUUCAGUGGAGAAGAAUGCUGGACCUUGAGUCAGGAAGACCCGAGUUCAAAUCUGAUCUAAAACAUAAUAGUUGUGAACCUGAGCAAGUCACAACAUCUGAUUCAAUUUCCUCAUCUAUAAAAUAGGGAUAAUAACAGCAUCUGUCUCUUGGGGUUGUGAGAAUCACGUGAAAUCUUUGUAAAGAAAUUUUAAAGUGCUAUAUGCUAGCAUAAGUACAUGGUAAGGGAAUAAGAAUAGUCAUAGCACCUACUAUGUCCAUUUUAUUUAUGUGCCAGGCUCUUUCUAAACAUCUCAUUUAAUCCUUAAAGGAACCCUGGGAGGUCAGUGCUAUUCCAUUUCCAUUUUGUAGUUGAGGAAACUGAGGUAGAAAGGUUACAUCACUUGUUCAAGAUUAUAUAGCUAGUACAUGUCUUAAGCUGAGAUUUUAAUUUGCAUUUUCCUGACUAUUUUAUCUACUUACAAAGUACCUAGCUGCCUCUGCAUUUGAAGGAGAAAUGAUUGGAGGAUGAGAAAACCAACCAGGCUUCUGCCUUCUAAAACCAUGGAGAGUCCAUACACCAGGAUCUUUCUUUUCCAUACAUCCCUUACUCCAGAAAUAGGAAAAGGCCCAUAGCUUGGACAGGCAUCUUGCUAUUUACCUGCUUCCCACCCAUCUUAUCCUUCCUCUUUUGUUUUCAAAUAUUGUAUGAAAAAUCAAUUCUGUUUUAAGACAAAGGUCAGCUACUAUUGCUACUGAAAAAAGAUAUAAGUAUACUAUGGCUCCACUCAAAAUCUCUUGUGAUUCAGUUUUAAGAUUGCCUAGGCAGAAGUUUGCUUUCCUGACAUCUCUCCCCUUACAUCCCAUUUGUAUUAGUCCCUACUUAACCUGAGACCCUUUCCCAUUCUUGUUGCUCCCUCCUUUCCACUGUGCUCUAUGAAAACUACCUUUCACACAUAUCUUAAAUAGCUGAAACCUGGCAGGCACAAUGGACCCAGGGAGGAAAUAGAAAUGUUUCUUUUUACUAUUGAUUUCAGCUGAGAUCUCCCUCUGCCACAUCAUUCAGCAAUAUCACAUUUAAGGUUCACUUCAUCUAAGUGCCCUGUCCAGUUGCAAAUGGCAGUUAUCUAACUCGGGAAUAUUCUUUCUUCCUUUAUGAAAGAGUUUUAGAAAACCUGGAUCACUAUCCUCUCUCCUAUCCCAACUUUUAUUUGAUCUUUUUAUUGUUAUGAAUUUAAAAUAAAAGAAGGAAUUCCACCUAAAAAGAGCAGAUAAUGAAGAUUGUACAUGAAAUUGCAAAUAUUAAGUAUAGCUUUUCCUUUUAAAGUAUAUAAUAAAUUAGUAUGCUGUUUGACAAUU